AUGCAAAGACUAAGAGAAACGAGGCACUUCGAAGCAAAAUGUGAACUUAACACUGACCACAUAGAAAUUGUGACGGGGGACAUUUUCGAAGUUGAAAUGCCGCUGGAUAACCAAAGAAACAACAGAAUCUUUGUCAAAAUUGGAGAGAAGAAAACUUUGAUAACGACUACUCAGUGGAGAUGCUGUUUGUGUCUUUCUGACACAACCUGGUUCUUCCCCAACGUUUCUAGGCCAGAGGCUGGAAAACUUCUAUUAACGUCAGAUGUUCACGGCGCUUUUCUGAUAAGAAAAUCUGAUGUCAACACGAGCCAAGAAAAUCACAACGCACUUGCAGAAUACUACUGGAAAGAUUCGGGAAAGAUGGAGCUUCAACUUAUUGAGCCAGUCAUAAGCGGGAGAAGCCCGUUUGUGUUUGACAAAAGGGAUCUUCUUCUUGGCGACAAAAUCGGCGCCGGAUAUUUUGGCGAAGUUAUGUCGGGAAAAUUGAAUGGUGAUACUCCAGUUGCACUCAAGUUGCUCAAAGAAGGGAGAGGUUCCAGAUUCGAGUUCGAAAAAGAGGCUCAAUUGUUGGCGAAUCUGAGGCAUUCGAAUAUUCUAACUCUUCUUGGAAUAUCAGGAGAUCCAAUUGAAUUGAUGGCCAUGGAAAUGAGACGGAUGAGCGGUGGUUCCUUGCUCAACAACCUCAGAGAGAAACCGGACCGAGUGACCCUGCGCGACCAGAUUCAUUGGUGUUUUGAUAUCAUCUCUGGCUUGAACUUUUUAACGACGCAUGGGGUUAUUCAUCGCGACAUAGCUGCAAGAAAUAUACUGCUCAAUCACAAACACAUUGCCAAGAUCGGAGAUUUCGGAAUGGCUAAAGUUCUUGAAGAGGAAGAGGAAUACUACAGAAUGACAUCUUCAGCAAAACUUCCUGUCCGAUGGAUAGCGCCAGAGGCAUCUAAAAGAUGGAUAUUUUCACCUGCUUCUGAUAUUUGGGCUUAUGGAGUCACCAUUUGGGAGAUUUGCGCACUCGGAGAGCGGCCUUACAAGGACAUUCAAAACGGAGAAGUCCAAAAACAAAUUCGCAAAGGUCGUCGGCUAAAACCAUCAAACUUCAACUGCAAUACAAACCAUCCAGAUGUCAAGCCAUUUUACAAAGGAAUUUACGCGAUAAUGGAGAAAUGCUGGCUUGAAGAACGUGAAAAACGAAUAAAAUCUUCCGAGGCUUUGAAAAAGUCGAAAAGCUCUUCCACCUCUACCUCUAAAAUCUAUUCCGGUCUAAUUUCCUGCGCUUUUUCUUGGGAACGUUUUUUGCCAAAUAAACUUUUUCAUUUUUAA